CCGUUUUCUUUUAAAGUUCGUUGGUCCGCGUGCCUUUCAGUUUAGAUCUAUUUAUUUUUCCUUAACUGGUUUGCUCUAGCUUCCGGUUUCUCAAGGCCCAUUCUCCCGCCAAUUUCACGCCGCAGCAUCGCGAUAUCGGAUCAUCACAAGUCGGGGCUGAUACAUGCAAACGACAAACCUCUUUGCUUGAGAAUAUUGCAUCCUUAUUUUGGAAGGACAUGUAUCACACCAUUGCUAUUGCCCUUGGGAUGAUCAGUUUAUUGCUGGCUUCAGUUUCAUUAGUCUCCGCUUUAGACGCGGCGAUCGUGAACACAACAAAUGGCCCAGUUCGUGGAGAAGUCAUCCCUUUGAAUACAAACAAAACAGUCAUUCAGUAUCUUGGAAUACCGUUUGCCCGGGCCAAGCGAUUUGAAGCCCCUGAAUCGCCAAAGCGAUGGGAAACAAUAAAAAACGCUACUUCGUACGGUGCUUCGUGUCCACAGCUGCCAAGCAUAUUGUUAAACAACUCAACAAAGAUCGAAGAGGAUUGUCUCUCAGUGAAUGUCUUUGUUCCCCGCAAUGAAGCACGAGGUGGUUCGCUGUUGCGAGUUAUGGUAUGGAUAUACGGAGGAGCAUUUCAGUGCGGUACUUCAGCGUAUAAAAUGUACUAUGGUGGGUAUUUGGCAACUGAGGGUGAAGUUUUAGUCGUAACUUUCAACUAUCGAAUCGGUGUGCUGGGGUUUUUGUCUACGGGAACAGAAGAUCUACCAGGAAAUUUUGGGCUUUUGGAUCAAGUAAAGGCGUUAGAAUGGGUUCAGGAGAACAUAGAAAAGUACGUAAACUAUUUAUUUUAUACAUAUAUUAAGCCUGGUUUAAUCAAGAAGGCACGGCACCUUCGUAUAGCCUAGGGAGGGGUAUGGGGGGCCAUUGAGAAAUCCCGGGGGUUUCUGUCGGGAAAUAAUAUUAUCUUAAGGGCUCUGAAAAGUGUACUUCAGGGCAUUUUGAGCGACAAUGGAAGAAUUUCAAUUUGAUUCUUGGCUUUGUAACUAUUUUAUUUAACUCUAAAAAUGUAAUGCUGUGCAAUGUUACCUCUGUUCCCUACCUUCCUAUCUUACAACAAGGCAAUGCUGAGCUAGGAAAACUUGUGAAUGUCGGAUUGGGAAAAUUAAAAUUGUUUCAGUCUCAAAAUAUUCAGGAAGAAAUGACAAAAAUAAACCAAAGUGUCCACGAUGGUAAAGUAGCUUCCAACUUCAUCAAUCACAUGCACCUCGGCUGCUUAUCUUGUGACGCUUCAUCAGCUCAAACUGUAACACCCCACACUCAGCCCAAACACACUUCUGUUGAAGUUUGCAAAAUACAUUGCUUCUGACAUUCUCACUCUUUUUAUCCCUGUUAAACCUCAUUUAUGUUUUCAUUUUUUGUUCAAAGUUAAAAUCCCCAGUACCCGUUUUCAAAUAUUGAUGGCAAAAUGAGCAGUUCUCUGUGGUGGCCUAGAGCUGCCAUAGGGAUGUUGUUAUAAUUUCAGCUUUUUCCUUUUAUAUGAAUGGUUUUCGUUAUCUCAUUUUGUUUAUUUUAUUUUAUUCUAUUCAUUUUGUUUUAUUUUCAUUUCAUUUCCAAAACAAUUCAAAAUGAGAAAUGAAAGGAAAUCAAAGCCUUCUGUGUUAAAUGAAAUUAAUCUCAAAGCGAUUAAGUCAAUUGAAAGUAAGUGAAAUUAAAACAAAUUGACAAAUUUAUCACUGCCAUAGACCAAGAUGCCUUGUGGGCUCAACCAAACAUGGCAGACUGAAGGAGAUCCUGGGGCAUGUUUAAGAGAUGGCGGUGGGAAGAAAAAUGAAAAAUGCAACAUUCUGGAGAGACAAGAAUUGGUAGUGCAGAAACUGCACGUGAGCUUAGAAGUAUCAAGGAAGGCCCAGAAGUAUACUAGAGUGGGGCCCCGCGAGUUUGUGCAGUACGAUGUGGAGGAACUCUCCAUUGAAGGGAUCAUUAAUGUACAAACCACCAUGCAGCAAGAUAUCUUUGCAAUUCAAUGCCAAAUUUAAUGGUAGUAACUCUCAUUAACAUUACCUAGCUCAGCAUUGACUUGUUGUAAGAAGGAAGGACUUGUUGGAAGGUAGGGAGGUCAAACUAAAAUAAUAAUAAAAAAUAUAAAUAAAUAAUGAAACUACAAACAUGCACCUUAAAGUUAUAUACUUUGAAAGUUAAUUAUUGUAUUUUAUGACAAAUUAAUCGCAGUGAGGAUAGGAAAUGCAAACUUGCAAUUUAGUUUUCCCAAUUCAAAUCUUUUUGUUAGAUUUGGAGGUGACCCAAAUAAUGUGACAAUAUUUGGCCAGUCAGCUGGAGCUUGUAGUGUUGGUCUUCAUAUGAUGUCUCCAAUGAGUGCAGGUCUUUACCACAAGGUUAUCCUUCAAAGUGGAACAGCAGCCUCAACUUUUGCUAGUAUGGACAACAAAACAGCAAUUGAGAGUGCAAAGUAAGUUAACACAUUGCAAGCUGCUUUAAAUUGUUUUAUUCUCACCUUUCUUUAAUUGACAAUUCUCCUACAAAACAAUGGAGGUAAAAAGUGUUAAGAAAUGGGUGUUUUUCCUCCCACAUGGCUCAUUAGAGACACAUAGAUGAUUAUGAAAUAUUCCGGACGAGACGAAACUUGGCAUGAAGAUAGUAAAAGAAAGUCCACAUGUAUUGAUGGUAGUUCUAUACUUUUGAUUGACAGUAUGACGUCAUAAGUGACGUUGAAACAUGGCGCUAAAAUUUGGAAUUAAUUAUUUGACGUAAAUAACUUUAUAAAUAAAAUCUGUGAAAAAAACGGAGCUUUCUGGUGAAAACCCCACUUAAAUCCGUUAAAUUGUUGCAAUGUUAGAGCUAAUUAAAGAAAUUCAAAUUUCCCGCCAAAUGUAUGGAAUUAACCAUAUAUGGUCAAACUUUAGGGGUAUUUAAACUCCAGCUUAUUAAAAGAAACAGUAAGGAAACUAAGCGAACCAUGCAUAAAAGCAAAUUUGUAGUUUUUUAAAUUUGGGACAUGGGGUGUCAGGUUGCAUGUUACGUCAUUUCAUACCAUGUUGACGUCAUAUUGACAUGAUGAUGACGUCACAAGUGAAAAUACCUAUAGAGUCCCAAAUUAAAAAAACUACAAAUUUUCUCCAUUGUGUUAUCCGCUAUUUUUCUUUUAACUUCCAUUUAUUGUCUUGAACUGGAAACCUCCCUAAAGUUUAACCAUAUAAGGUAAUAAAACAAUUAAAUUCUUUAAAUUCCUUCUUUUAUUGUCAGUCACAAAAUAGUUUGUAACUUUGUCCCGUUUUAAUGGAUUUUAACGGUGUUUUCACUGGAAAGCUUCACUCUCAUCACAGAACACCUCUAUGUGGUUUUUCUGAUGAUUUUCUUAAUUCUAAAUUUUGGCACCAAAUUUGGAAACUAUUUGAGAUGUCACAAUGUCAGUCAAGACUGUCAAACUGCCACCAAAAAAUGUAGAAUCUCUCAAGCAACAAUCCUGCCAAGUUUCAUGCCAUUUGGAAAAUUCUUCACGUCUCUGUGACCUUUGUGGGAGGAAAAACGCCUAUUUCUGACCAUUGUUUAGUAUUGCCCCAAGUCCAACAGGGCUCACAUCAGUGACCACCUCAGUUGGAGCGUUCUUGUCAUAAAAGGCUAUAAUUAAUUGAUGCACCUUAGCUAAAGUCUGCUUUAACCCUUAAAGUCCCAAUAGUGACUAACGUCAAUUUGCUCCUAACGAUAUCCAUAUAAUGUCAAGCGAUAUAGGUUACGAGAAUUAAUAAAAUGAUCACUUAAGGGAAAAUGCCCUGAUCUUUUAUCAAAUUCUCUCAACUCAUUCAUGAAGGAAAUGUAUGGAGAUCAGUUUGGAGAAUUUGUGUGUGGAUAUCAUUAUUUGGGGCUUAAAAAGGUAAUGCCUCAAAUGCUUCAUUUUCCUCUUUGCCCCACGGCUGCCACUUGGUGUCUGUUCUCUCAACUUUUGUAGUGUUCUUACGGUUGUUGCAAAUUUGGCAAGACCCUUGAGCUGAAACUGAUAAGUCCCAGGAAACUGUGCAACUCGGCAACACUGGUAGUGAGUCUGUUUCAUGAACUGUGUUCUGACCUUUUCCUCUGUUGAUCCCACACCAUGCUGACUUAAAAGCAUUCUUAUGAAAACAAUUAUUUGAUUGAUCAUUCCAAUCUUGGACUUGUCCUUGUUAAGGGUCAGGUUUCUUUCCUGUAAUCGCUCUAGCAAUGUCACCUGGUUUCUGUCAUGCUCCUCAACAAUGUCAUCAGCUUUGUUGGUGGCACCAGGGCAAUCAGCAAUUGCAUGUCUAAUGAUGAUCUGAUACUGUUCAGGAGCAUUCAUGUUCAUUGUGAUAUCCCUUGACCCCUCCUCAAGCUCAAUUUGAAUUGCUUCGUUCGCAUGCAUCAUGUCGAGACAUAUUACGCACAUCAUCCUUGUUUGGCUUAGGAGCUAUCACAGCUGGCCUGACCCGGUUGAUGGGCCUAAAAACUUUCUUGUUGAUGUCAAGGUUAAGAAGCUCAUCAAUCUUUCUCUGGACUUUAUCUUUUUCAAAGGGUAAGGGAUCCACCUCGGUUUCUGUGCUUUUGUUGUAACUUCACGAUUGAUGUGCAACGUUAAGCUGGUACCUGCGGACAACUUGCCAACCCCAGAGAACACCUUUGAGAAAUACCCCACAAUACCGUAAAUAUCACUGUCUUUGAAAUAUAUGGUCGUCAUGUUCACCGGUUCUGGUCCAACCUCAGGCACUUGUAGCCUUUUAGCAGCUGGGCUACCAAGCAAAUACGGCCCUUCUCCUUAUAUUUAUACAAAAACAGUUUCCACUACUUUUUUCUCUUGCCACUCAAUUGUAGCUUCAAAUUUACCAACCACUGCUAAACACCCAUUGCCACAGAGUUGAUGACAUGAAGAUUCCUGUCUUCUGGUAUUAAAUUUGCUCUAAGGCCACUCCUCACUAGGUUGUGAAACUGUUCCUUACCAAGCUCCUCAAGCCAUUAAUCUUUGCUGCAAUAUUGUUAUCUUCACUCGCCCUUUCCUCAUUGUAGUUAGUUGGCAAGGCAAGUGGUUCCAGCUCUUCACUGUCGUAGUCCACUUGAUUAACUUGUUGGCCCCUUUUUUUAAAAUUACGUCUGCUGGUAGCACCACAUUCAUGAUUGUCAAUCAUCACUCCCACUUGCUCUUCCAUCACUUACACAAUUUCCCUUUUCCAUCUGCCUCAUUGCUGCAACACGCUGCCCAGUGCUGUCCAGUGCCCUCUCUUGCCACACUUAGCACACAACUUUCCUUUCGCAGGACACACCUUGUCACAUGCAAUUGCCCAGAUCUACCACACCCAUAUAGCACUUCUGCAUGCCUUGCCCACUUGGCUUUUCUUGGUCUGCUUUGUGCUGCACCAAAUUCACUCUGCUCUUUUCCUCUCCUCCUGCAAUUAUUUUGCUUGUCUGACGGCAUGCUUUUUUCCACGCUCUGGCUGUAGUCAAGGCUGCUGCAAGCUGUAUGCUAGGAACCUCAACUAGCUUGGUCCGUAACUCUUGGGAUGAUACUUUCUCCACCAGCUGGUCUCUUACUGUAAAUUUGACGUCUUCAACUCCAUUUUAAGUCACAGUGUCUUGCUUGUUUCCUUAGUCGAAGCAGGAACGAGUCCACAUCUUUUCUGGGAUCUUGACCUAGUUGGCGAAGAAUGGCUUUUGUAUGCAGCAUUUUCUUGCACGUGAAAGUAUGCAUUCAGAGCACAAAUGGUUUAUUGAUAAACAUCAUCAGCUUGAUCUUCUAGGGGAACAAUAUUGUAAGAUUCUCAAAAAUAUCCUGCACUCCAGAACUGGCCCGAUAAAGUAAUUUGCUUCUCGUUCUCACAGGAUUUUGUAGGUGUAGGCUCUAGUAUGUGAUUCCUUGCAGCCAAACACGCCAUUGCUCACUCAAUUCCGAUUUUGAUCCUGAAAUAUCCAGCGGUCCGAUAUUCCUUCCCGCCAUGUCGCCGGGAAAUCUUGUUAACUUGAUCCUUGUAGCUAAUGUAAAUGUCUCAAUGCCAGAUCAGUCCUUGAUGGGGGUGGAUUAUACACUCAGGGAACAACACUCAUUUCUGUCGGCCAUAUUGUAUAAUUUGUCACACUCACCCACAAUGCAUUAUGAGAAUGGGUUACACAGGCAACCCAAUAUACAAUCACUACUGGUUAAUAGAGAUUUUAUGUUAAUAUUUCAGUCUCUGUUAUGUACAAAUUCUAAUCCAUGACUGUUGUCCUGCCAACAGAGCAAUUGCAAACCUUCUUGGGUGCAGUAUGGAUGGAUUAAAGAGCUGUUUGGAAAAAAAGAAUAUAAGUGAGAUACUUGAAGCCCAGAAAAAUUUAACAAAUAGUAUAACCAGUGGCCGACCAUUCCUGCCUGUUGUUGAUCAUAAAUUUCUUUAUGGUGAGUUUGAUAAUGUCAUAAAUUGUUUUUAAUCAUUGAUUUUAUUUUGGAUUUGAAGUCAAGCAUGCUCAAUAAAGAUAAUUAUUACAUUGUAAAUGGCUACAACAGUACGCGCACUGAUUUGCUGUUUUCUUGUGAUGACCAGGUAUUACUAGCUGGGUGUUCAAGCUUGGACAUCAAGCUAUCUAGGCAUACAGCUGUUUUGAGAAAGGUUGUCGGAAGAAAUCUGCACACGACAAUCCCGAAAGGUAAUAUGGGAUAUGAUCAAUACACUGUUCGUAACGACUGAAGCUGUCGAACCUACUUUUGUUGCUUUCCUUUAGUACUCGCAAACAUAUGUCCAUGGCCUCCCAUAGCAUUCUUUCAAAUUUCUUUGAAGAACAGUGCCCUCAAAACCACCCACAAUGCCUUUUGGGAUUGUCGCGUGCACUUUUUGUGACAACCUAAAUGUUCUCGAAAUAGCUAUAAUAAUUAUACGAUCUUUGUUAAAUUUGAUAGUGGACAUCCCAAUAUGGCAUUGAGGUGAUGUGUUUUUAAAGUUAUCCGCUGGCCAGUUGUUGGUCAAUCGCGAAAAGGCCAAAAGAUAAAUAACUUAUUAACCUCAUCUGUUCGGUCAUUACAGGGAAAUCUCAGGCCUUGGCCUUGAUGUACAUGUAUUGAACGAGCGAUAGCGAGUCCUCUAGUAAAAAGUCUAAGUCUAGUAAAAAUUCAUGAGGGGUGCUCCACGGGGGUAGUCCAUGGACCGGGUGGGUGUCCAUGUUUUGUAUACGUUCAUGUAUUAGUAUGAUAUUAUCACAUCUUAUUUCAUAAUAAUGAGGAUUACUGAAUGUCUUUUGAGAAGAUACAGCAACAGCAAUAAAUUUCCAGGCAUGUUUAUAAAAGGUCUAAAAUUUUAUUGUAUGAACAUGCCUGCUGACUUAUAAUAUUGUUUCUGUAUUUAUUUUGCUCUAACGAUUAAAUCUGCAGAUCUUCCUUUCAAUCUUCUAGUCAAUGGAGAGUUUAAUCAGACAGUUCCAGCUAUGAUUGGUGUCACUCAGAAUGAAGGAGGAUUUUUUGUUCUUCCCAUAAAAGGUUAUAAAGUAAACAUCUUAAAUGCUUAAUUCAGGGCUUGCCUACCCAGACAUCAGGCAAAUAACUUUUAACACUCACUUGUCAGAUAGACAAAGCAAGCAAGUCAUCUUCUACAUGAAACUAGAUCAUAAACUGACUCAAGGAUGCUGUGGCCCCGGAAUAAGCAAAAUUUGAGCACAGAUUGCGAGGACAAACUGAAAUGUAACUGUUCUUUCAAGCCAUAUACAUUCAGUUUCAAUUAUGUGACUAAAUUCGCCCUUUAAACGAUUGUAAUACCUGCAGUACAGCUGUGUACUUCAUUGCCAGAGCAUGACAGUAGAAACCUUAAGGUGCAAGCAUGGUGACAGCAGGGAAAAAUGUCGCUUAAAAAGUAAAUUAGUUUGCAGUUAUUCAUCACGAUUCCCAACUUGCGUACUUCGUUAAAUAUAAGCAAACUCUCCUGGAGUUGAAUUUCCAAGAGCAUUAUCCAAGUUGAGAAAGAAAAUUGCUUGUUUACAUAAUCCAUAAAACAUGAAAUUAGGUAUUGUCACAUCGAAGUCAUGGAAAAAACUAUAAAGAAAUGUACAAAACUGCGUGCUGCACGUGCAAAGUUGUUCUUUUGGCGUUUUCGUUGCCCUAGUCGACAUUAGAUCGGUCCCUGAUGACUGGUUUCUCUUUGUCUCUUUCUUGUCUAUCAUACUUAUUUUGAACAUUCCUUAUUGUAGGCAGAUAUUAUUAUUAGUAGUAGUAGUAGUAGUAGCAGUAGCAGUAGCAGCAGCAGCAGUAGCAGUAGCAGUAGCAGCAGCAGUAGCAGCAGUAGCAGUAGCAGUAGUAGUAGUACUUUUAUAAUUUUCAAAUGAUAUGCUGUAAGUUCGUACUUCACUGUUAGUUGCAUUUGUUUAUUGUUAUUAGGAUUAUCCCCUGGAGUCCCUGGUAUUGAUAAAGGACUCAAUAAAACAUAUUUUGACAAGCUUGUAAAGGAUGGCCACUGGGUCGGAAACCAAACUCAGAAAGUCGUGGAUGCUGUGAUAUUUCAAUACACAGACUGGACAAACCAGACGAACCAGUUAGUGGUACGACAAAAAUAUAUGGAUGUCAUUACAGAUGCAAUUUUUAAGGCUCCAGCUGCUCGCUCUGCACAGGUGUUUGUGAAAAACAAGAUCAAGACUUUCUUCUACUGCUUCAAUCACUUUGGCAGAGCUGGUUUUCCAGAAUGGGCUGGAGUUUUCCAUGGUGCUGAUCUUCCUUACGUGUUUGGAGCUUUUUACAAGGGAUAUAAUGAAAGUCUUUUGCCCACUGAACAGAAUAAGGAAAUACUGUUCUCAAAGCAGGUUAUUACCCUGUGGAGCAACUUUGCUAAGAAUGGGUAAGUGUGAGAAAUUAAUUCACGCACACGUGCUACUGAAUAAUUGGAAUCCUUAAAUCUCUUGUAAGGCCAUGUAAACCUGGUUUCCUCCCGUAAAAUGAUAUCAUAGCAUAUUUCUAGCAACUUUUACUAAAACUGAAUUGCCUUCUCCAAUACUUUAAAUACUGGCUAUGACCGUUUUUCUCCUUUACUGACUCUUUACCUCUACUUUUUAUCCAACUUGUAUUUGUCAGAUUUUUAACGGUUUUAACUUGUAUCAUUCAAUUUAGUGGAAGCUUGUGUGGCCGAGUGGUCAACACCUCGAACUCAGGAACUUGAGGUCCGGGGCUCAGGCCUCGCCUGUUGCGUUGUUUCCUUAGAUAAGGAACUUUACUCCACUUUGUCCCUCCACACCCAGGUGUAUAAAAGAGUACCGGCGACAUUCUGCUGGCGGUAACCCUGUGAUGGACUAGCAUCCCGUCUAUGAGGGAGUAGCAAUACUCCUAGACAUGCUUCAUGCGAAGGAAACUAGGAUAAAGUCCGGCCAUUUGGGUCUUUGGCUCGUGUGCGCCUUUAUCAUUUUUUUAACAUUCAAUUUUUAGAAAACCAACUGCAGAAAAUGUCUCCUGGCCAGAGUACACCCUUGGGGAAAAACAGUACGUAUCACUGAAGCCUUCAUCUUCCGUUCAAAGGAACAUGCUUCCCGAAAAGAUGGCCUUUUGGAACAAACUUGUUCCUUCUUUGGCAGAACUUGUUCCUACUAUGAUUCCAGUUAAUCGACCUACGACUGCAGCACCCUUAGCGCCAACGGGACAAAAGGAAGCCAUUACUGACAAAGGUUGGAUAUUCACUUUUGAAGUUAAUGAAUCGAGAAGGGUCAUUACUGGGGAAAGAUCUCGGGCUCAAGAAAGAACGUAG